AUGUCUCAAUCCUUCCCUCCUCGUGAGCUCUAUUACGACGGCAAGGUUCAAGCCGCCACAUCCGGCAAGACCUUCCAGACUAUCAACCCCGCCACGGCAGCCCCGCUGGCCGAUAUUCAAAUUGCCUCCAACAACGAUGUUGACUCUGCGAUCGCUGCGGCAGAUCGGGCAUUCCCGUCUUGGGCGCAGACCCCAUUGAUUGCUCGCGCGCGAAUUCUUCACAAGGCCGCAGCCCUCCUGCGCGAGCGAAAUGAUGAAAUCGCUCGUGUGGAGACAUUGGACUCGGGCAAAGCAUACACAGAGACCAGCACCGUCGAUGUGGUGACAGGUGCUGAUGUGUUGGAAUACUACGCCAACUUCAUUGGUGGUGGUGGCCUCAAUGGGGAGACCACCCACCUCCGGGAGGACGCCUGGGUGUACACCAAGAAGUCCCCACUGGGUGUGUGUGCGGGUAUUGGUGCUUGGAACUACCCCAUUCAGAUUGCCCUUUGGAAAUCGGCUGCGUGCUUGGCCGCUGGAAACACAAUGGUCUACAAGCCCAGUGAAUUCACCCCCCUUCAUGCGCAAACCCUCGCUCAAAUCUACACCGAGGCCGGUCUGCCCGACGGUGUUUUCAAUGUGGUGAACGGAGCCGGUGAUGUCGGUGCCUACUUGACCGGCCACCCUCUGAUUGCCAAGGUCUCAUUCACUGGACAGGUCCUCACGGGCCAGAAGGUGGCAGGCUCCGCAUCUGGAAACAUGAAGUACGUGACGAUGGAGUUGGGCGGUAAGAGCCCCUUGAUCGUUUGCCCCGAUGCAGAGCUGGAGAGUGCCGUCAACGGCGCCAUGAUGGCCAACUUCUACAGCACAGGCCAGGUCUGCACCAAUGGUACCCGGGUGUUUGUGCCCCGUGCCAUGAAGGCCGCCUUUGAGAAGAGUCUACUGGAGAAGAUUCCCUAUGUGCGGGCGGGCCCGCUCUUCGAUGAGCAGACCAACUUCGGUCCCCUGAGCUCCAAGUCCCACUACGAGAAGGUGCUCUCUUACAUUCAACACGGUAUCGAGAGUGACCGCGCCACCUUGCUUUGCGGUGGUGUCGAGAAGCCCUCUGUCCCCAAGGAUCUGCAGGCCGGUUUCUGGGUCAAGCCCACUAUCUUCACCGACUGUACCGACUCCAUGCGCAUUGUCAAGGAGGAGAUCUUCGGCCCUGUCAUGUCCAUCCUGUACUAUGACACCGUCGAAGAGGCCGUGCAGCGGGCCAACACCACCGAGCUCGGUCUCGCAGCGGGUGUCUUCACUAAGGAUCUCAACCAGGCUCACCGCAUCAUCGAUCAGCUCCAGGCCGGUAUCACUUGGGUGAACACAUGGGGCGAGAGCCCUGCCGAGAUGGCCGUCGGUGGCUGGAAGAAGAGCGGUCUGGGAGUGGAGAAUGGUCGUCGCGGUAUCGAGGCUUGGCUGCAGAACAAGAGCACACUGGUUGACAUGAGCGGCUCUGUGCCCUCUGUCUUUGCCAAGCUUUAA